GUUAUAACCUGGCGACCGCACAUCGGUGCACCAAGUCAUCUCACAUAGGUUAGCUCGCGAUAUACGAAUACGAUAUACAUGCCGGACUUGCCAUUGGGCUAUAUUACUACUAGUAACUGAAACCAGUAAAAGCGAAAAAGACUGCUUGCUUUGUGCGCAUGAAAAUACGUCUUCAAGCAUUUGAACGCGGAGCUGUGACGAAGAACGGUAUAAAACGAUGCGUUUAUCAGUUCACAUGGUCAUACGCUGGACAGUGUGCGAGAAGUGAAGAACGCAGACGAUACAGAAUUAAUCAAGCUUAAACACAGCAAUUAUGUCAUCGAUUUUGGGAUUACUUUUACUCAUCUCCAUAGCUGUGGCAGUCCCUACCAGCAGAACGCAACAAUGUGUAACUAAUUCAGAUUGUCCAUCAAAUCAUUGCUGUUUGCUAGGGCCAUCAAGGUAUGCGACACCGGCUUGCAUGCCAUUCCAACAGAGAGGCGAACAAUGCCGUGUGAACGCUGACACCAUCAGUACUAAUUUGACCUAUCCAGACGAUUCGCGAAUAGAAGUCGAAAGCAUUCACUACAUUCUGUGUCCUUGUGCCGAUGGAUUGUCUUGCAAUUUUAAAAAAGGCAUAUGCAAUUAAACAUGCAUUUCUUUAUCAGUUAAAAUAAUCGGAGAACAUUGCGACAGCGAAUUUGCUCAGGGCUAAAUAUAUAUAUCUCUAUUUGUCGAGAAAAUAUUUUCAGUCAUUAGGUUGUAACAAAAGUUCGUAGCGUUAUUAAUUUUUUUUUUAAUGAGAAGUUCUGGAAAGACGAAAUCAUGAAUAUCACAAAGGUGGAAUAAAACGACACGUAUGGUUGAAUAAAUAUUUAAACGCAUAUAUAAUAAUUGUCUUGGAAUUACACUAAAAAAACUCUACAAACUUUUGUUACAAUCCACUAUAUAUCAUGGUCACGCUUGGUGAUUAUAUCCAAAUUAGAUACAGAAUGAUGAUUAAUUUCUAUCAGCAACGGUCAUAUCGUUUUAUUGUUAUAUAAUUUUAUUUUUAUAGCUUUGUUAUUUUAAAUUUCUAUUAUUUUGAUUACAUUUUGCACUCGCAAAAGAGUACUGAAUAAUAUAAUAAUAAUUAUAUCUAUAAGUAUGGUUAUAAUAAUGCAUAUAAUAAUUAACUAAUCACAGUAAGUUGCGAUACAAAAUGUACUUAAUUACGCAAUAAAGAUGAAGACAUCUGAUAGA